AUGUUGCCCCCUGUACGAGUGGCGGUCUUCCUCCUACUCGCGUGUGCCCUACUAUGUUGGGCACCAACAAUUGUGAAAGGAAAAAAAAAAGGAGCAAAAAAGGAAGAAACUUUUUUGCAAGAGUUAAGGAACAAAUUAAUUAACUACAUUGCAAGUAAAAAAAAAUAUGAUUCAAAUGGAUGGGUAGACUUGUCCCUGGUGCAACGUCAGGGGUUCCAACCCAUCGACCUACGUAUCGAAGAUAAUAAAGUUGUGUGCAACUCCAAUAACCAAAUUAUGGAAGUAACUGUGGUGAAUCAAAAGUUGUUAAAACAUGCAGAAGAUGCAUCUUAUCACGAGUUGACACUACGCAGUAAAAAUAUACCUCCUGAUGAUAAGCUACUCUCUGUAAUCCCAUUAAUGAAGAUGAAGACAAAGAAACAGCCAGGGGCCGGGAUGGCACCUUCAAAACGAUCAGGGUUUAUCACCUUGGAUGCAUUGCCUCCCAAUUUUAAAGGUUAUAUUGUAUGCACAAAGAAAGACACAAGUGCUUUGCUCGUGCCAAAGACAUUGAAUCCGGUUCAGUUCGUGUCAGGCCCAUGGAAAGUACGUGUAAGCAUAGACUUCUACAAGUGCCCACUCUCUAACUUUGGACGAAUAUUUCAAGUAACCAUAAUCGAUAAAGUAAAUGUUUUACUCAACAAUGAAAAGUCUUUCAUCUGGCCCAUUCCUCUAACAUCCUUUUUCGAAGUGUACGAUUUCCAUUUAGCUGUUAGAGAAUGUAAAAAAGGAAAUUUUUGUGAACUGGAGAGGACAGCAAAUGGGGGUGGUAAUAAUGGGUCACUUAUAUUUAACUGCCCAGGUUGGGGGAAGUCACACACACUUACCUUAGCUAAUGCAUUGUUCCUUUCAGCUUACCUUGGCAUGAGUGUAGCUCAUGGCUUGGUUUACACUUCUUCCUCAAUGCAUAAAUCAACCGACGAGUACUUAACUAACACGCAUAAUCGAGUUUCAAUGAGCACUCCAAGGCUCCACAAACGAAUUAUAAGGUCCUACGAGUCGAGUGAGAAAGAAGAGGAAGAAAGAAAAAGUGAACUCAAGCAACUAAAUCUUAUUACAAAUUUACUCUUCCUUGGAGGAGCAGGAAUUGCCCAUGCUGCUUAUGGUGUUAAAACUCUCGUAGACAUCGUCAAAAAUCUGAACAGCAUAAAUGAGGAGUUUGAAAACGCCGUGUCUUUCUACCCCUGGGAGCUGCGCUACCCGCAGAGUUACCUCGCAUCACAGGGGAGCAACAUACCUAAAGUGGAGUUGGCCAAGGAACCAAUAACCAGCGUAAAAAAGGCAGAGCCGAAUAGCGGCCAAGCGGCAAGCAGCGGCCAAGCAGAGACCACGUACGAGAUGGACGCGAGCCAAAUAGCCCACACGGGAAACAAACAGGGCACAGAGGCGGGAUGUCAGCAGAAGCCCAACGAACAGGCACCACUAACGCAAGCGCACAAUAACACAGGUGAAAAUGAGAGCCCAGGUAAGGAGUCCAAGCCAUACCCCAACGUAAAUGAACCCAACGUCGUAAAAAUAUUCGAACAAAAUAUUAUGGGCAAUUAA